AUGGGCUUCAGUAAUAGUAAAUCAACUAAGAAGCCUUUGCUUUUCGAUAUUAGACUUAAAAAUGUUGACAACGAUGUAAUUUUACUUAAAGGUCCACCACACGAAGCUCCCUCAGUGCUUUUAUCUGGCUGCAUUGUGUUAUCCAUCAAUGAGCCCAUGCAGAUCAAAAGUAUAUCAUUGAGACUUUUUGGGAAGAUACAAAUAGAUGUACCAUUGGAAAAACGUCAGGAAACUAAUUCUUCGUCACUGUCUUCACCUCCGCCGAAGGUUAGAAAGUACAACAAAGUUUUUUACAGUCAUGCAUGGGAUAACGUUAACCUCAAGGAAUAUCUCAGUGGUUCAAAAGGGCAAGCUGGUUCCGUGGGCAGCAGUUCGUCAAGUAAUAUCUUGGGCAUUCACCAACGAGCUCAGUCCACAAGUUCCUUGAAGUCUUUAAAGGGUUCCUCCAGGCCCACAUCAUAUACUCUAGAUAAGGGAAACUACGAUUUUCCAUUUAGUGCCAUUUUGCCUGGAUCGUUACCAGAGAGUGUAGAAUCUUUGCCAAAUUGCUUCGUGACAUAUAGCAUGGAAUCCGUUAUUGAACGUAGCAAACACUAUAGUGAUUUGAUUUGUAGGAAAAAUAUGAGAGUUUUAAGAACCAUCUCACCUGCUGCGGUAGAGUUAUCAGAAACCGUCUGUGUAGAUAACUCAUGGCCCAACAAAGUGGACUAUUCUAUUUCAGUGCCCAACAAAGCCAUAGCCAUUGGUUCAGCCACCCCUAUCAAUAUUUCGAUCGUCCCUCUUUCGAAAGGUUUAAAACUAGGCUCAAUCAGAGUCGUAUUGUUUGAAAAAUAUCAGUACUGUGAUCCUUUUCCUCCAGUAAUUUCUGAAGAUAGACAGGUGACAGAGCUAACACUUGAAAAUCCUUUGUACAGGUCAUCUGAAGAAUUCAACGUUGAUGGUAACUAUGUAGAUAACCCUUUUUUUGAGGCCGAUCAUUCAUUCCAAGAUAAGUGGGAAAUUGAUACUAUCUUACAAAUCCCAAGUAGUUUAUCAAAUUGUGUUCAAGAUUGCGACAUCCGUUCUAACAUUAAGGUUCGCCAUAAGCUUAAAUUUUUCAUCAUGCUGAUUAACCCAGAUGGUCACAAGUCUGAGUUAAGAGCGUCUUUACCCAUUCAACUUUUUAUUUCGCCAUUUGUUGCACUUUCGGUCAAACCUUUAUCAUCAUCCAAUCUAUAUUCACUGUCUGGUGCUACUAACCAAAAAGAUGAAAACAUGCUACAAGAAGAUGAAGAGGAAUAUCUGUUUUCUAGAUCUGCAUCCGUCACAGGGUUAGAAUUAAUGGCAGACAUGCGUAAUGGCACUGCUGUUCCUACUAUUUCAGACCUAAUGACACCUCCAAAUUACGAAAUGCAUGUAUAUGAUCGCCUUUACAGUGGCUCUUUUAAUCAUGCACCUGCUGAAACAUCUGGAGCAUGUACUCCUUUGGAGAGCGAAUGUUCGGCUACAGAGGAUCAAGAGCAGGAUCUAGAAGAUUUGCGUAUAAGAUUAACGAAAAUUAGAGAUCAACGUGAAAACCUGGGGCUACCAGUAUCUGCCUCUUCUGCUGCCGUCUCUAGGUCGCUAUCCCCACUUUUAAAUGUUCCGGAACAAGAAGGUGGGUUGGAUAGAAGCUCACCUCAGAGUUCUAUUGGCCUCAAUAAUAGCUCAGCGUCAGUGGCACAUAAUAAUGUAUCACCCAUUUUGCUUUCAAGGUCCCCAGCAGCAAGUGUUUCAGUCCAUGAGGUACUACCGGUACCCUCGGGUUUAAGUUAUCUGGAGAUCCAAAACAUGAACAAGGUUCCAUCGUAUGGUAAGGCAAUGAAAUAUGAUAUCAUUGGUGGGGACUUGCCUCCCACCUACCCUUGUGCGAUACAAAACGUACAACCAAGAAAGCCCAGUAGAGUGCAUUCUAGGAAUUCUUCGGCGACAUUAUCAUCCUCUAUACCAACUAGUUUCCAUUCUUCUAGUUUUUUGAGCAGCGCAGCUUCUCCUAUCUCGAUAAUUAAUGGUUCCAGAAGUAGUUCCAGCGGGGUGUCUCUUAACACACUCAAUGAGUUAACGUCGAAAACGUCAAAUAAUCCAUCCAGUAGUAGUAUUAAGAGGUCACCCACGAGGCAAAGAGCUAGUUCUCUGGCUGGACUUAUGGGAGGGUUUUUAUCAAAGGGUAAUAAAAGAUAG